AUGGCUCCUUACCACAUCCGCAAGUACCAGGAGAGAGACCGCCCCUGGAUCAUGGGCUUGUUUUCCCAGGGCAUGGCUGAGCAUGCUCCCCGCACCUUCCACCACCUCCUGAAGCUGCCUAGGACACUUGUGCUCUUGCUGGGGGGGCCCCUUGCCCUGUUUCUGGUCUCUGGUUCCUGGCUCCUGGUUCUCUUGGCCGGCCUCACCCUGCUCUCCGCCUUGAGGUUCCUUGCCCAAUACCCCUGGACCCAGAUUGUGACCUACUAUCUGCACACAGACUUGUGUGACAUCAGCAAAUUCUACCUCAGUGAGCCGGGCUCCUGCUUCUGGGUGGUUGAGUGUGAGGGGCAGGUGGUGGGCAUGGUGGGAGCUCUGCCCGCGGAGGAGCCCGCCAUGCAGAAGAAGCAGUUGCACCUGGUCCACUUGAACAUAGCCUUGGAGCACCGGCGCCGGGGGAUAGCAAAGGCCCUGGUCAGGACCGUCCUCCAGUUUGCAGGAUGCCAGGGCUACAGAGAAGUGGUCCUCGUCACCAGCAUGAUGCAGGAUGCCGCCCUGGCCCUCUACCAGCGCCUGGGCUUCUGGACCACCCGGAAGUACUACCGCAGCAAGAUCUGGGCGGUGAUCGCUGUCCCUGAGUUUCAAUUAACCUACUGGCUGCCCUCUGAUCAGAGCUGUCCUGCACCAGGGCAGAGAGGGGGCCUGUAA